UGGAUUGCGCUUGCGUAGCCAGACGUGGCAGCGGCAUCAUGGCUUCUUGGAACCGUUACGGGAGACGUUGGAGACAUAUCGAAAUGUUCUUGUUCUUGUCGUUGGUUGCAGUGUUGUCCGCCCUGCAGGCAGUGAAGGUGUCUCCACUCAUAGAGAAAGUCAAUGACCACAAGGAUUUUAAGAAACUUCUCAGGACCAGAACUAAUGUUCUUGUCCUGUACACUAAGUCAGCUACAUCUGGAGAUGCUCAUAUGAAGCUGCUGUCUGAUGUUGCUCAGGCUGUGAAAGGUCAGGGUACCAUCGCCUGGGUCAACUGUGGAGAUUCAGAAGGCCGCAAACUCUGUAAAAAAGUCAAGGUAGACCCUAGCUCGAAAACCAAAGGAGUGGAGAUCCUGCAUUACAAGGAUGGGAACUUCCACACAGAAUACAACAGACCAGCCACAUAUAAGUCCAUGGUGGCGUUUCUAAAAGACCCCGUUGGUGCCCCCCUGUGGGAGGAGAACCCUGAGGCUAAAGACAUUGUUCACAUCGAGACAGAGAAGGACUUCAGGAAGCUACUGAAAAGAGAGGAGCGGCCCAUCCUCAUGAUGUUUUACGCCCCAUGGUGUGGCGUGUGUAAAAGGAUGCAGCCCAUUUUUCAGCAAGCUGCCACUGAGACAAAAGGGAAAUAUGUGCUGGCGGGGAUGAAUGUGCACCCAGCGGAGUUUGAUGGACUCAAACAGGAGUUCAGCGUCAAGGGCUACCCAACCUUCUGCUACUUUGAAAAGGGAAAGUUCUUGCAUAAUUACGAGAAUUAUGGAGCCACCUCCAAAGACAUCGCUGACUGGUUGAAAAAUCCCCAGCCUCCACAGCCUAAAACUCCAGAGGUGCCCUGGUCAGAGUCAGACUCCGCUGUCUUCCAUCUGACGGAUGAGUCCUUUGAUACCUUCCUGGAGGAGCAUCCUUCAGUCCUGGUCAUGUUCUACGCUCCUUGGUGUGGCCACUGUAAGAAGAUGAAGCCAGAGUAUGAUGAAGCUGCUGAGAUACUCAACGAAGACCCAGAUAGCCCAGGUGUAUUGGCAGCAAUGGACACCACCAUUCACAAGUCCAUAGGAGAGCGCUUUAAAAUCUCAGGAUUCCCAACAGUGAAGUACUUUGAAAAGGGAGAAGAGAAGUACACACUUCCACAGCUCCGCAGCAAAGACAAGAUCAUCGAGUGGCUGCAGAAUCCCCAGGCCCCACCUCCUCCAGAGAAGUCGUGGGAGGAGAUGCCGUCCAGCGUGAGCCACUUGGGAGCUGAAGAUUUCAGGGAAUCUCUGAAAAAGAAGAAACACGCCUUGGUCAUGUUCUAUGCUCCAUGGUGCCCUCAUUGCAAGAACGCUGUCCCUCAUUUCACGACAGCAGCCGAGCUUUUCAAAGAGGACCGCAAGAUCGCAUAUGUUGCAGUCGACUGCACAAAGGGACAGAACCAUGAGUUGUGUAAACAGGAAGGGGUUGAGGGCUAUCCAACAUUCAACUAUUACAACUAUGGCAAAUUCAGUGAGAAGUACAAUGGAGAAAGAGGUGAAGCUGGUUUCACAGGCUUCAUGCGAAAUCUCAGGGGCCGAGACCAGGAGAAAGUUGGCAGACGGAAGGAGGAGCUCUAAUUGUGGGGGUGUGGUCUUGUACGUGGGAGGAGCCUAUCUUUGCACUGUGACUUGGGCAGGAACAUCCCAGCACUGAUGCCACAGACUUGAAAACCUCAGCUAAAAAGGCUAUUUUUUUUAUACAGCUGUGCCCUUAUGUUUGGAAUACCACUGUACAACCAUCUGACAACUUAUGACUUUGCAUAUUUUUUGUUUAGUGAAAUUGUUCCCAAAUACUGUGACUUCAGUUACUGAAAUCUACACGUGAAAUCUAUGCAAUACUGGGCCCUCAUUCCCUAGGGGCCCGUACAUGUGUUGGGUGGCUGGUCUUUGUGGAGAAAGCCAGUUAUUGCCAGGAUGCACUGUCAUCGUUCUCUUUCCAGUGAGGAGGUAUCAUAUAUUCAGUCGUAUCUGCAAAUGUUUUUGUAUUUUAUUUUGAAGAAAGUUGUUGUUGCUCAACUUUGUGGCCUUAAAUAUUUGGAUAACUGUGUUGUCCAAACCCUGCAGUGCAUCUUUGACAAUAUUAUGGGGAAAUAGCAGGGUCAAAAUACAGCAGAGAAAAUAUAAGAACAUGUAUUCAAGCAAGUAGUUUUUCUUUUCCUUGUCUUAUGUUUCAUAAUAGGGUGUGACAGAAUAAAAUGACAAAACAGGAAAAUGCCAAAAAAAACAACAUUUUAGAUCAAAAUAAUCAUUUCCAAAAACAACGACUGCAAUUCUGUGCCCUUCAUGUUCUUUUGUAAAUGAAUGUUCCACGUAUGUUGAAAAUCAUGCACCAAAGUCUUGUUUGGUUUGUAUGUGUAGUCUGGUUAUAUAGUCUAUGACUUCUGCUGUAUCCUCCCAUUCCUGAAUUACAACACCAUUCUAGAUAUUUAAUACACAUUCAUCUCUUUUUAUGCCUUGUCCUAGACAGAUGCAAUGCUAUAAAGCGAUAAAAGUUGUUUAAAUCAGAGAUUUUGUCCUCAACUGCCGCAACAGGCACCGAAUAACAAAACAUUUUGUCAGUCGCUCGGCUCAGCCAUAGUAAAAUCUCAUUGGUCCAAAAACGUGCUCCACAUAAAUGUAUAUUAUACAUCACAUGCCAAUGUUCUGAUUGGCUGUGAUUUUAUAUAGCCCGUCGUGACACAAUCACAGCCGACCUACACCACCAGUCAAAAGUUUUGAAACACUUGACUGAAAUGUUUCUCAUGAUCUUAAAAAUCUUUUGUUCUGAAGGUGUAUGCUUAAAUGUUUGAAAUUAGUUUUGUAGACAAAAAUAUAAUUGUGCCACCAUAUUAAUUUAUUUCAUUAUAAAACAAAAAUUUAAUAAAAAAAUAAAUAAAAUAAAAGUGUUUUGAAAUUGAUGACUUGGACCAAAUAAUAAAGAAAAGCAGCCAAUAAGUGCCCAACAUAGAUGGGAACUCCUUCAGUACUGUUUAAAAAGCAUCCCAGGGUGAUACCUCAAGAAGUUGGUUGAGAAAAUGUCAAGAGUACAUGUCUGCAAAUUCUAGGCAAAGGGCGACUACUUUGAAGAUGCUAAAAUAUAACACAGUUUUGAUUUAUUUUGGAUUUUGUUUAGUCACAACAUAAUUCCCAUAGUUCCAUUUAUGUUAUUCCAUAGUUUUGAUGAAUUUACUAUUAUUCUAAAAUGUGAAGAAAAAAAUUAUAAUAAAGAAUGAGUAAGUGUUUCAAAACCUUUGACUGGUAGUGUAGCAGUUUAGCAUAUAGAGCAAACGGACAAAUUGUUUGCCACUGGAAACUUGUCGCAUCGCGCACGGUUAAGACCAUGUUAAAAGCACGGGAAUAGGAACUGUAUGUGAUGAUGGGAACCGUACAGCAUAACACAUCAGACUUAGUAUCUCCAUUUAUGCAGGAUGGAGAUGGCUUAUUCAAAGUGAUAGACCACUCAAAAAUGUAAAAUGCUGUUAUCAUUUACUUUAUACAAAACGAGAUGUUAGGCAGAAUGUUAGCUUCAGUCACCAUUCACUAUUAUUGUAUGGAAAAAAAAAUAUGCAAUAAAAGUGAACGGUGACUAUGGCUGUCAGUCCCUAAAGUUUGCUCAACAUCUCCUUUUGUGUGCCACAGUAGGAAGAAAUGUAUAUGUGCUUGGAACAUGAUGGUGAGUACAACAGAAUUAAGAUUUUGGGGGAACUAUUCCUUUAAGGUAUAUUUGAAUGAUGCUCAUUUAACAGUUUUGCUGGAUGCCUCCCAGCCAGGUGUUGGCAUUAUUCCUGAUACCAAAACCCUUACCAAUAUCUCUGUGGCAACUGAAGUACUGUGUAGAAAAACCCCUGCUCUAGGCACUAUACAUAUUUAAUGGUCUUGUAGCUGAACUUUUGUUGUAUAAUUCAGAGGAUUCGUCCAUUUCAUUAUAAAUAAGGUUCUCAGGGAUGCUGAAACACAAUUGAAGAGAACUCAUGCACAUUGUAAUUUGCAAUUCUGAUGGGUGUUCACUAUUCACAUCGCAGAAUUAUGAAUUGUUUACAUAUGUUUUCGGGAGAUGGAACACAAAAAUCAUUGAACAGGAAUUCUGUUUACAUUGCCUUGCCAAAUUUGUGGCAAGAAGUACUGAAUAAAACAUGAUGAGCCAAGGAACUCUUGAGGCGUAGAUGUCUAGUAUAUGCAAGAUGAUGGUUUCAAGUUUUAAUGGAUCUUUUAGUCACUAAUGAAAAUUCUGAUAUCAUUUACUCACCCUCAUGUUGUUUUGAACCCAUAUGACUUUUUCUUCUGUGGAACGCAAAGUAGAAUGUUAGGGACUGAUAGUCUCAGUCAUCAUUCACUUUCCAUUCACUUUAUGGAAAAAGAUGCAAUAAUGGUGACUGAGGCUGUCACUCACUGACUGCGUAACAUUGUCUUUUGUGUUCUGCAGAAGUCAGACAUGAGGGUGGGUAAAUGAUGACCGAAUUAUUGUUUUUUGGGUGAACUAUCCCUUUAAGGGAUCACAUUUCAUAUCACAUAGCCAAAUGUAAAAUGUUCCCAUUAAGGGGAAGGGUACAUCUAAUCCAUGAUAAACAAUGGUCAAAACAACAUAUUAAAUUAAUACUUGCACAGAUAUUUCUCACUACCUGCCACUGCUGUAGAGACAUGGUUCAUUUGUGCAUUGGCAUUUCCAUGAAUAGUUGAGUGGUCAGGGGCCUUCAUGUGGUUUCAUUGACUUAUUCUAUUAUAGGAAAUUCUGCUUUGUUUAAUCCCAUAGGUCUGUGAAAUGUGGGCAGUAGCGGUUCUAGCUUGUAUGGCUCCCUGGGCGAAACCCAUUUCAACACGCCCCCAAAGUUGUUGGCACCCACACAGACACCACAAUCAUGAGAGCCCCCCCCCCACAAGAUGCUGCGCUGGGCAACUGCCCAUGUCGCCCAUGCCUAAAUCCGCCACUGAAUGUGGGAGCUACAACAAUGAUGCCAAGAAGUCACUAUCACCUUUGAUGAUUUAUUUAUUUUUUUUUAUUUUUUUUUUGGGCCCAGCCAUAUGUAAGGUUUUGAUGCAUUGAUGAGCACAAUGCAAAAUAAAGGCAUACAUUUC